AUGAAUAACUUUACAUCAAUAGGAAAAAAGAUUGUUGCGAUUGGUCGUAAUUUUAGUGAUCACGCAAAAGAGCUUGGUAGUACAGUACCCACAUCCCCUAUCUUUUUCCUUAAACCAACUUCUUCAUAUUUACUGCAAGGUGGCAGUGUGGAAGUACCGAAAGGUUCCGAAGUUCAUCAUGAGGGUUAUGCACUCGGUAUUGACAUGACAGCUCGUGAUCUUCAGACUGAAGCAAUAAAAAAGGGGCUUCCAUGGAGUGCAGCAAAGGGAUUUGAUACGUUUACCCCUAUUGGAGAUUUUAUUCCGAAAGAUUUGAUUAAGGAUCCUUCAAAUGUUAAUUUAUGGCUCAAGGUUAAUAAUCAAAUGAAACAAAAUGGAUCAACAAAAGAAAUGGUUUUUAAAAUUCCAACAUUGAUCGAACAUGUUAGUUCGAUCAUGAGACUUGAGAAAGGUGACUUGAUACUAACAGGCACACCAGCGGGAGUUGGCCCUAUUUUUGCCGGUGAUGUUAUUACUGCUGGAUUAAAUGUGGGUGAUAAAACUUUAUCACAGAUCGAGUUUCCCGUUGUACAAAGGAAUAGAUUGAAUAAAUUGUAA